AUGACCUUAUCCGAUGAAUCCGCCCACGGCCACCCUCUGUGGCCGCUCACCCCUCCUAGUUCCUCCGACCCGCCAGCACCCAAAGAUGUCUCAUCGGUCGUCACGGCGAUUCAUGUGAUCUCGACCGAGCGAGCGGCCCUCGCUCACCUCGAGCAUAUCUACCAGACCGAUGCGCGCGCGCAGCACGAUCUCGCCCGCGCCGUGGACCAGAUCGCGCAGAGCGUGCGCGGGGGUGGGAAAUUGGUCGUUUGCGGGGUGGGGAAGAGUGGAAAGGUCGGACGCAAAAUCGAGGCUACGAUGAAUAGUCUCGGUGUGUACAGUGCGUUCCUGCAUCCGACUGAGGCUUUGCAUGGCGAUCUGGGAUUGGUUCGGUCGAAUGAUACUGUUCUUCUUAUCUCGUUUUCUGGUCGUUCGCCGGAACUUUUGUCGCUGCUUCCGCAUCUGCCGGCUACUGUCCCGGUCAUCGCGUUGACUUCGCAUACACAUCCGUCGACAUGUCCGCUCCUCGCGCUGCAUGGCGCUUCGGGGAUGGGGAUUCUUUUGCCGGCUCCAAUCCAUGAGGAUGAGGAGACGUCCUUUGGCGUGAGCGCGCCGACGUCUUCGACGACGGUCGCCUUGUCGCUGGGUGAUGCGCUGGCUAUUGCUACGGCUAGGAAACUGCACUCUGCGACAGGGAAGAGUCCGGCCGAGGUCUUCCGAGGCUUCCAUCCUGGUGGUGCUAUCGGGGCUGCGGCAGCAGCGACACCCUUGACUACGCCGUCGAGUGGCAUGUCGACGAGGACAUUUGACUCUCCCACGUCGUCCGUGUCUCUUCCGUGGGAGGAUAUCACUAAUACUCCGUCGAUUCCUCCUUUCACUUUGCAGUCGCUGCCGGAGCAGCGGCUCGUCUCUCGAGACAUGCUGGUUUCGCUUGAUCAGAUUCCGACGGUCUCUGCAUCUUCAUCGCGCUUGCCUGGCGACGUGCGGCUUCUCGAUGUCCUCCUCACAGCCAUUCAGCACCCCAAUGCUAAAUCUUGGGUGUUUCUGUCUCCCUCUGAGAUCAUCCCUCCACGGCGCAUUCGUUCUCUGCUUUCUUCUGGUGGAGAUAUGGACAUGCGUGUUUCUGAGGUUGACACUAAGAGCCUUGGUUCUCAAUUUGUUGUACCUCGAAGCAACUGGCUCUUAGUCCCGGAAUCCACACCUCUCGCUGAGAUUCGGACUAUUGUCUCCGAGUCCCAAGGUGGCUCAAACCCAGCCUCUGUCAUUGCCGUCAUGAAAGACCGGAAUGCCCCUGGCAGUUGCAUAGGGGUGAUAGAGGCAGAGGAUCUAUUGGAUGUUUGA